AUGGAGAUCAUUGUCAAAGAGCCCGUCUGCCCCAUGAAACACAAGUACCCUUUCAACCUGGCUGUCGAUAUGUCGCUCUUAGCUACGUUUGGGAUGAAUGCGCUUGAACAAAUGUGGGAUCAGGUUCCUGCUACAAUCCAGCAUGCUGUGGAGCUAGUACGACGCGUCGGGGAAGAAUACAUCUGGGUUGAUCGUCUCUGUAUCGUCCAAGAUGAUUAUGAAACAAAGCAAGAACAGAUCAGCCAAAUGGCUCUUAUAUACGGCAACGCUUACUUUACAAUCGUCGCCACAGCUGCUUACAGCGCCGAAGAAGGACUGAGAGGGAUCAAAGACGUGUCUCCUUCGAUGUAUCACAAUGUCUGGCCCGAAAGGGCAAACAUGGAUCACUACGGUCUCGUAGCAUGGUCACCGUGGAACGAGCGAGGAUGGACAUUGCAAGAACUCGUGUUUUCCCAAAGAUCAUUAUUCUUUCACAAAAAUGAGUUGACUUGGGAAUGCCAUUGCGCGAUAUGGCAUGAGCGCAUGCAACUGGCAGAUAUCGGGGAGACAAGUUGUCUUGGGACGCAUAAUCCCAACGCUCGUGGCUUUCGUUAUUCGCCAUGGCCAGACUUGCAGGAGUUUCAUCAAUUGGCAACCAGCUAUAGUCGAAGACAAUUAUCAUUCUCGAGCGACAUUCUUCCGGCUUUUGCUGGUAUAACGACAGCCUUGGCACAUUCCUUCCCAGGUGGAUUUCUCUUUGGUCUACCUGAAGUUGCGUUCGAUGUUACUCUGUUGUGGAGAUCAGCUGGACCAGCAUCUCGGAACUCAAAAAUAGGCGAAGCGUCCGUUCCCAGCUGGUCAUGGAUGGUUUGUCUAGACCAGAAGAUCUCUGUAGAUCUUUCACCCUGGGCGAGCGGCUUUGCAUACCUGGCAGGAUCCUCUUCCGAACAGACCGAUGAGGGCGGUAGACGGACUUAUACACCACUGCAUGUCGCUUAUCAACAAGAGUGGAAUUCUCGGUGGAGUCGAAAACGUCCUCCGGCAGGUGUAUUGGAUGGAUUGGUUACGGAGUCAAUCUGUUCGUGGUAUGUUAAGGAAGAGACAGGCGAGAGACUCAUUUCAAAUGACCUCGACGAGUUCAAAUAUUGUUGUCAUCAUCAGAGCAAUGAGUUGCCUAUGGGCUGGCAAAGAGACGGAGAUCUGUUCUACCAUCCAGUCGACCCACAGCGUAGAUUCAAGUACCCGAUUCCUCUAGUGACUAACGAAGACGAUAUUUCUAUUGAGAAAGAUCUUUCGUUUCUGAUAAAGACUCAAACAGAAAGAGCGUUCUUCUUCAAUACACCGGAGCCAUACGGACAAGCUAUCUCUAUGCUCGAGGGAGAAGCCGUGGUGAAUCUUUGCAAUAGCGAGCAAGUCUGGGUUGGGUGUCUUCGCGUUCAGACCAGAACAAUCCUGUGGCGACUGUUGACUAAAAAGGUUGAGUGCGAGUUGGUUGCAAUAUCGAAAGGAUAUAUCGACUCAAAUGCGGGUGGCUGGUCUCGUCUAGACGAACACGAGGCAUUGAAAAGCCGAGAGCUGGAGGGAUAUGAGUUCUACAAUGUCUUGUUUAUUGAGUUGAACGAUGGUAUCGCUUAUCGGCAAGGUAUUGGACGCGUGGAUAAGACAGCUUGGGAGGACUCCGUGUCCUCCUUGUACUACCAUGUCGGUGUAGGUCGCGGCAAACUCGUCCGAAUGCCGUUGCCGUCGUGGAUGCCCGGAUAA